AGAAACCAGUGGUUUUUCUCAGCCUCCCCUCCGCGCGUCUCCCAAGAGUUCGCCACCACGUGCUCCUCACGCCCCUCUCUUCCCUAGUGGCUGCGGCUUAAUCUCCCGUCCACUUCAGCAGUUCCCUUGCCUCGUAGGAAGGACAGGCCUCGGGUGCUCAGGCUCUGGCUACGUUUCUUUCUUUCCGACUGUGGGCGCGAGGGCUCGACCCUCCCAGCGCGGAGAUCUUUGCGCGGCUGCUGGGGGCUCCGCAAUGGCAGCGCGGGGUGGGCACUCGGCCGCGCGGCCCGCCCCGAGAGGCGGGGUGUGACCCGAGAGUUUAGAAGGAGGCGCCUGCCGUGCUUAACACCCCUAUGCCCGCGGAGCUGCCUCUGCGGCGCAGCCUCUCGUCCGGAGCCGCCGGGGGUUCCCAUACGCAGACGCCUGGGCCCUGGCCCUCCCGCAGCCCCGCUCCUGCCCGCUGCGCCGCCCGCCAUGCGGCCGCCGCUCUCCCGCUGCCACAACACCACCUCCGUGGAGAAGGGCAACUCGGCGACGAUGGGCGGGGUGCUCUUCAGCGCCGGCCUCCUGGGCAACCUGCUGGCCCUGGGGCUGCUGGCGCGCUCGGGGCUGGGGUCGUGCCCGCCGCGCCCGCCGCCCUCGGUCUUCUACGUGCUGGUGUGCGGCCUGACGGUCACAGACUUGCUGGGCAAAUCCCUCGUGAGCCCCUUCGUGCUGGCCGCCUACGCGCAGAACCGGAGCCUGUGGGGACUGGCGCCCACGUCGGGCAGCUCGCUGUGCCAAGCCUUCGCCUUCUUCAUGUCCUUCUUUGGGCUCGCCUCGACGUUGCAGCUCCUGGCCAUGGCCCUGGAGUGCUGGCUGUCCUUGGGGCACCCCUUUUUCUACCGACGGCACAUCACCCUGCGCCGCGGCGCGCUCGUGGCGCCGGUCGUGGGCGCCUUCUGCCUGGCUUUCUGCGCGCUGCCCUUCGCGGGCUUCGGGAAGUUCGUGCAGUACUGCCCCGGCACCUGGUGCUUCAUCCAGAUGGUGCACGAGGAGCGCUCGUUGUUGGUGCUGGGCUACUCAGUGCUCUACGCCAGCCUCAUGGCGCUGCUGGUCCUCGCCAUCGUGCUGUGCAACUUGAGCGCCAUGCGCAACCUCUACGUGAUGCACCGGCGGCUCCCGCGGCGCCAAGUCUCCGGCACUCGCGACCGCGCGGAGCCUGGCGCCGACGAGAGGGAGGCGGCCGCGCAGCCCCUGGAGGAGCUGGACCAUCUGCUGCUGCUGGCCCUCAUGACCGUGCUCUUCACCAUGUGCUCCCUGCCUUUAAUAUAUCGUGCUUACUAUGGAGCAUUUAAAACUGCCCAUGAGAAAGAUGCAACCUCUGAAGAAAUGGAAGACCUCCGAGCCUUGCGUUUUCUAUCUGUAAUCUCCAUUGUGGACCCUUGGAUUUUCAUAAUUUUCAGAACACCAGUAUUUCGGAAGGUUUUUCACAAGAUUUUCAUAAGGCCUCUUAUGUACAGAAAUUGGCCCAGCAAUUCCUGCCGAACUAACAUGGAGUCCAGUCUGUGACACUGUUUUACCACCCAGUCUCUGGUAAGCUGAGGAAUAUGUUACAUUUUCUGUCAAAGAACCAUGUUAAAAAAAAAAAAAACUUACAUUUUAAAAGUUAUCUCCUAUAACAAAACAUCUAAAUGUAUUUUCAAAACUAUUUGAUAACAUCUUUAACAAUGUGCAGUCACUCUAUAUUCAUGAGCCAGUUCGGUAGAUGUUUUCAUUUCGAGUUGUUAACAGCAACUACAAUUUCACAUAUUGUAACCAAUGUUAAAAGUCUUAAAGCGAUGAUAUGAUGAUAUUAAUUGUUCCAACGUUUGUGCUUGGUGUCCCUAAUUUGUUAGAGAGGUCUAGAGACCUCUGGUGUCCCUAAUUUUUUAGACAGGUCUAGAGACCUCUGGUGUCCCUAAUCUUUUUGACAGGUCUAGAGACCUCUAGGUCUUUAUUCAAAGCUAACAGAAACACCACUGUUUACAAUUAUGUGAUGUGUGUUCUUAAAAUUUCUUACCCUAUUCAUUUCUAGUGAAACCUGAUUUGUUGACUCUGUAUCGUAAUAGCCUGAAUUAUAGAUGCUCCACAGAGAAAUGAGAUGGGGAAUACAGCCAGGUCAGGGUUUGGGGAGACCUUCCCCAGCCGCCCUCUGGAGGCUCAUGUGGGGAGGUGAUCUAUAAAUAAGUAGACACAGACAAGGUGUGACUAUGGUCCACAACCCAGAGAAGAAAAAUUAGUUUUUAUCUUUUGGAGUCUAGUUUCUUGUGUGUUAAGGUAUCAAAAUUUGGGAGUGGGUUACAAAAUGUUGCAAUUUUUGGAAACUUCGUUUUAUAGGUUUAUCAUAUUGAUGGAUUCUUUGCAGGAGGGAUUUAUGCUUCUUUGAAAAACAGGGAUGUAUGACUUACCAGAGAGUCAUGUUUACUGCAUUUGGCUAUGUGAAGCAGCAGGGCAUUCAGCACAGAGCAAAGCCCACCCAGGACUCAGCCAACCUCAAUUGAGGAUGAUAGCAACAACCUUAACAUCUACCUAUUAACAGUCAUAUUCUGCUCUUUGUGGAAACCGUAAGAUCAUGUUGAGGUUCCUGAGAACUAUGCUUUCAAAACUAGAGAGAAUGUGGCUCAGAUGGAGCACAAGUGAGCACUUUAAUUGUACAUUUAAAUGUUUACAAAGGUUAGCAACACUAUGGCCAAAGGGGAGAAGUGGGGAAAAUACAGCUGCAGCUAAUAAACCAAACAAGAAACCGUAAGCCCAGUUCGUAAGUAAGAACUUUCACCUUUGGUAAAAGAACACAUGGGGCAUGUUAGAGAGGUUUCAGCCCCUCUGGGGUCCCUUUGUACCCCAACACACUCAGACUCUGAGCUGGCCUCCUCAUCAAUCAAAGGUAGAUCAAAUAGACAAAAAGACAUUUGUUUAAAUACAUAUUUCUGGUUCCACAUAACUCAAAACUUGGAUUCCUAUUCAGUAGGGAGAGUAUAUUUAGGAUGGUCUGUUUUUAAGCAUAAGCUAUGAUAAAGACUUACAGAUCACUUUUGGGGUCUCAAAGGCACCACAAGAAAAUCAUGCAUUGGUUCUUCAGAGCAGCUCAAACAAACAGGUUCAAUAAGAAGCUUGUGUCACUGAGGAAGAUCCAUCCCAUAUGUAAAACUGUGGUGGGCAGAGAAAAUGAACGGUGUUUCAAACAGGAACCCCAAAAUCAAAGUCCCAAGGAACAGAAUCUCUGGCUCUUAGAUGUUUGUGAUCUAGCUGCUUUGUGCAUGCGAAAUUCUGUAUACUGUGAUCUAGGAUGAAUAUCAGUCAGGGUUUUGUUUGUUUAAUGAUGGUUAGCAAUUCUCCAAGCAACAAUGGACAAGCCAGCUGGUGAUUUAUAUCACUGCCAAUGGUCCCCUCUUGGUGUUCAUGCUCUGGUGUAAUCCUUUCCUCUCAAGUGUGAGCUGGACCUAGAAACUUCUUCUAAUGAAUAGAAAACAGCAAAAAAGAUCUGGGAUGUAAACAUCUGGGUUAGAUAGACAAAAGAGACUGGCUUCUGCCUUGCUUGCUUGCUCUAAUGGAAACCAGCUGCCAUGCUCUGAGAGGCUCACAAGGCAAAAAACUGAGGAAGGUUGCUCAGCCAACAGCCAGCAAGGAGCUGACGCCCUCAGUGCAAUUAGCCCACAAGGAAGUGAAUCCUGCAACCACGUGAGCAUUCUUGGAAGUGGAGCCUUUGGAGUCCCAGCCUUGCGGGAGCUGUGGUCCCAGCCAACACCUUGACUGCAAUCUUGUGAGAGACCCAGAGGACCCAGCUAUGCCGUGCCCUGACUCCUGAUACACAGAAACCGUGAGAGAAAGUGUUGUUUUUUUUUUUAAGCUGCUAAAUUUGGGGGUAAUUUUUUGAGCAGUCAUAGAUGACUAAUACAAUCAUUAUACCAAUGACAUAAAAAUCCAUAGCACAGGGGUGCCUGGAGGGCUCAGUCAGUAGAGCAUGUGACUCUUGAUCUCGGGGUUGUGAAUUUGAGUCCCAUGUUGGGUAUAGAGAUUACUUAAAAAUAAAAUCUUAAAAAAAUCCAUAGCAUAUUUUAUUGAUAAAUGUGAUACAUGAAAUAGUUUACAAGCCUUGAUAUAUUAGGCUACAAGGAAGAUCUCAACAAAUGUAAGAAAGCACAAAUUAAACAGUUCAUCUUCUCUGAUACGUUCUUAUUUAACUCGCAACAAAAAAUCUCUUUAAUUACUUAUAAAUUUUUCUUCUUUUUGCAUAUAUCAUACAUGCUAAAUGGUGCAUAAACAUGCACAUACAGUUUUUUUUUUUAAAGAUUUUAUUUAUUUAUUUGACAGAGACACAGCGAGAGAGGGAACACAAGCAGGGGGAGUGGGAGUGGGAGAAGCAGGCUUCCUGGUGAGCAGGGAGCCCGAUGCGGGGCUCAAUCCCAGGACCCUGGAAUCAUGACCUGAGCUGAAGGCAGACGCUUAACGACUGAACCACCCAGGCACCCCACGCACAUACAAUUUAAGUAAUAAUUAUAAAGUGAAUAUCCACAGAGACACCAUGCAGGUCAAGAAAUAGAACAUUGCCAGUACCAGAAGCCCCCUGUGUACCUUCCCUGAUCACAGCUCCAGAGGUGAACACUAUUCUGACUUCCUUUAUUUUACCACUUAUGUGUAUAUCAUAAUAUAUAUACCCUUUUGUGUCUUUCUCUCUAGCUUAGCUAUAUGUCUCAGGUCAGAUUCCUCACAUGCAAAGGUGAAGACAGGGAUUCAGGUGUAUAUAAUUUGUGGAGCUCGAGAUCUCAGGAGAAAGGGGGCAGAGGAAGCAGGACAGGGAUAGGAGCUAAGCAAGGAUGAGGUCUCUGCUUCAGCUUGAACCCCAGCGGAGCCCUGGAGCAUGGAAAGUACCACAAUGUUGGUCCCACUGAGAUACUUGUGACAGCAUGUCAUAAAAAGUCUUCGGCCAGUGUGUACCAGGAGUACCCUUUUGGCCAAGGACAAUUGUCCAGAUUAGGGGCCUGCUGCAAGCCAUUAGCAACCAAUACAGGAGCUGAGGGGUGGAGCACUAGCCAGGGCUCCCCAAAGGGGAUCUGGGCAGCAUCCACGAUAUAGUCUGUUUGAGACUCAGCCUUGCUGUAUGAGUAGCUGCAGUUCAUACAUUUUCAUUGACAAAUAGCAUUCUGUUGUAUGACUAUAUCAUAUGCUGUCAGUCAACAUGUAGGUUGUUUCUGGAUUUACCUAUUACAAAUCAUGCUGCUUUGACUAUUCUUACCAUGCAUUGGGUUGGACAUACUAUGUCGGCAUAUACCUAGGAGUGGAAUGGCAGUGUUACAGGGUAUGUGCACGUUUGAUUUUACCGUAUUAUAAAAAUUGUUUUCCAGUUCACACCACACAGCAGCCUCAUUUAGGUAGCUCCCAAUGCUCUACUUGUAUUUUUGGACUUGAUAGAUGUUAGCCCUUCUGGUAAGUUUGUAAUGGCAUCUCAUUAAGGAUUUAAUGUGUUUUCCUUCUUGAUAAUAAUGACAUUGCACACAUUUUCAUACCUUUAUUGGCUCUUGGAAGUUCUCUUUUUAUAAAGUUUUUGUUCAGGUCUUUUGCCUAGAUUUUUCAUAAAAUGUCUGUCUUCUCUUACUGACUUGAAGAUGUCUGACCUGCUGAUACUUUGUCAGUUCUAUGUGUUUCAAAAAUCGUCUUCCAUUCUGUAAUCCCUCUUUUCAGUCUCUUUAUGGUGACUUUUAAUGAAUAGAGGUUUUCAUUUUAUUCAAAUCUAGUUUAUUAAGCUUUUAUU